UUGAUGUGACAGAAUAUUGUCAGACAGAAACUGAAAAGAUGUUUUAAUCGACAUUUAGCAACUAUCUUUGAUCAUCCACUCACGGUUUUAAUUUUUACCUUUAUUUAACCAGGUAAUUAAUCCAUUGAGUUCAAGAUCUCUGUCACAAGGGUGACCUGGCACAUGUCAUCAUAAAACAUUACAUGAUUAACAAACAGUUUACAAACAAUAAGUUAGGAGCAGACAAUUAAAAUGUGCAAAUCGGUUCACAGAUAAAAUGCAGAGUUGUGAUCACAGAUUACUAUUCAAAAACAGGUACUGUACAAUGGCAUUUUUUGUAAAAAAAAAAAAAAAAAAAAAAAUCAAAAUAGUGUCAGUAGUCGAUGUAAUUUUUUGUCUAAGUAAAGAAGGAAGGUUGACUUGUAGUCGACCCAUGGGAGGACAGGAGGAGAAUAUAUGAAGGUCUGAGACAAACAGAAGCUUCAUUCACCAUGAGGAUGAGACAGACACGACAAGUCUGCAUCCUUCUACCAAACAAGCAGCACCUGGACUGUACUGUGGGGGUGAGAUCCAGAGGCCACGAUGUGUUGAACUGUCUGUUGAAGCAGCUCAGUGUCAGCGAGCUCCAAGUGCUUGGUCUUGCUGUUCUCAGAGAUAAUGAAUACCUGUUUCUUGAUUUGGAGAAAAAGCUGAGUAAGUACUUUGGCAAAACAUGGAACAGAGGGUCUUCAAUGGUCCAGUUCAUCUUAUUUCUGAGAGUGCAGUAUUAUGUAGGGAGUGGACUGCUUUUAUUCAGCAGCAAGGUGCAGCAGCUCUACUACGCUGAGCUGAGGCAGAAGGUGCUGCAGUCAAAGAGUCACCAUCAGGAAGCUCUGUUCUUCCAGCUGGCAGCUUCAGCUCUGCAAGCUGAGGUCGGAGAUCUGGAGCAGAGCGAGGCCAGUGAUGAAGAGGAGGGACGAGAGAACAGACAGGAGAGAAAGCAUUACUUUCUGCCAGAAGAUUACUUCCCCUCCUGGCUGAUUAGACGUCGUGGACGGCACUACCUGCUCCAGCACGGCCCGGUGUUACACAGGGAGCUGAGAGGUGUGUCACGUCGCCAAGCCACCCUGCAGUUUAUAAAAGACGCAAACAGUCUGCAGGAUGGAGCGGCCACCUUCUACGGGAUGAGAAAAGAGAAAAAGGAGCUGAAAAGUUCAAUCCUUCUAGGAGUGGUUUUGAGAGGAGUCCAAAUUUAUGAGGAGGUGGAAGGGAAGCAGUUUCUCCUGUAUGAUUUAUCCUGGACUGAUAUCGAUCGCUUCACUUUCCAGGGAAGCAGGUUUGAAAUCACUGCGGUGGGCUCUCUCUGCCUCCCGAAGCUGCUGUAUUACACUCCCUCUACCGUUCACUCCGAACACAUCCUGAAGCACCUCACUGACAGUCACCGUUUCCAAAUCAGCACCAGAGCUGCACUCAGCUACGUCCAGCAGCUGGAAGACGUGCAGGCCAGUCAGCUGUACAAAGAGGCCUAUAUAUGUGACACAACAGGCCUAACGCAGAGACUCCAACGCAACAACAGCCUCACCUCGUCCAUGUCUGACUGCGGCGUCACCGAGGGCACAACUGCAGACUGGUCCAAAGAAGAAGAGGAGGAGGAGGAGGAAGAGGAAGUGUCCUACACAGACUUGGAGCUGUGUGAGGACGACUCAGAGGAGUUUCUUGUUGAUGACCCAGCAGAGGUGUCAUGGCUGGCUGAGUUGCUCCCCGAUGUGUCUGUAGAUGCAUCUUUAGAGUUCCCCUUCUCUUACUGGGCAGGUUGGUCUUUGAAAAAAAACAAAAACACACCAGUUUCUAAAAUAACCUUUUCUUUGAUUGACGUCCACUGCUUAAUUUCUUGUGCUUUGAUCAUCAGCUGUCACUGUGGAAAUGAAGCAGGUUCUGAUGAGGAGAGCUGAUGAUGAAGGGGUUUCUGUGGACUAAUGUACUGCCAGGAGCAAGAAGAGGCUUAAUGUGAUGUUCUGCUGCUCAGGAUAAAUGUUACUGCUCUGAUGCUCACAUCACUUAAAAAAUGAAGAAUCACAGAACUAAUAAAUGGUGUACCUUACAUAUAAAUUGUGCUUAUCAUGAUUGUAUUUUUUGGGUGAAACACAAGUUAAAAAAAAUGCCUUAAAUAUACUGUAAGUUAAUUAACAGGCAAAUAAAUAAAUAUCUGCCAGUUUAAGCUUCUAUCAAAAAUGUUUUAAACUGUGUUUAAAUAAAAGCAUGUUUGGA